GAAAAGGCCCAACUACAAUUGGCGGAAGUGCUGAAUUCUAGGGUUUUAGAAGAAGUUGAUUUUUAGGUUUUAUUAAGUGAGGCGGAGGCGUUGUCGAAGGUUUUGGGUGUGUACAGAGUAAAAGAAAGAUAUGGCCAAGUACAACGAGAUCGCGAAGAAGAAGAGAGAGGCGAAAGCUGAUAGAAAACGAGCCAUUCACGGCGAUCCUCUCACCAAUAAAUUGAAGACCAGAGUUCCCGUCCCUUCCGUCUCCGGUAAACGUCAGAGAAAGCUCCUUCGCAAAUGGCGCCGAGAGCAAAAAGAUAUGGUGGACAAGGGUCUUGUUACCAUGGAAGAUGUAGAGAUGGCUGCUUCUGAAGCUGCAUCAGAAGACACCAAGAAAUCCCCCAAAAAAUUUAGCGUAAAGAAGAACUUGAAGCUCAAUAAACUUAAGAAUAAAGCAGGCAAAAAGAAGAAUAACCAGACAGCCAGCAGCCAAGGAUCUGCAUCUGCCGAUCAAAUGCUAGAAUGAGUGUCUUGUAAACCUGAAAGCUCAGUUUCAUCUAACAGUUGACGAUGGAUGAUAUUAUCUUCUCAAUGUCUGGUUUAACUCUUUCAAUAUGGGAAACGUGUGUUUUUUGCGUGAUGAGGAUGCCAAGCAGAGCAGUGAAGGGUUUUUAAUAGAAAUUUUGUUUAAAAGUUUUUCGAAUCUUGUUAUAGCUGUCUUUGAAGAUCUUAUCUUGUAUUCAUUCUGGUAUGUUUUGGUGCCUUCGAAGUAGAGUUAGUAACAGAACAAUCCCUUUUAUUAACACUCCCACUCAAUUUCUGUGUU